ACUCGUGUUUAACGAAACUUGAAACUGCAAACGAAACCAACGAAACCACUUUACGCAACUUUGCAGGCAUGGAGGCAGCUAUUGAACUGUGAUUGAAGUUUACGGAUAUCGGUCGCAUGUGUUUCAUCAUUGUUACUGAAGUCCAUCGUACUUAGUAUUAUGAAGAUCGACUGGAGCAAAUGUCAUCACCCGAUACGAACGUUCUGCUCAACCUUCUCCAGAUAUCGGAUAGCGCGUUCCCAACGGGCAGCUUUGCUCACAGCGCCGGCUUGGAAGCGGCGUACCAGCGUGGGUUUCUGACAACUUCGGAAAAGGUCGAGGAAUUCCUGCUUGCAAGUGUUGAGAAUGUAGGUUCCUUCAGCGUACCAUUCGUGAGAGAAGCGCGCCAGUUGUGGACCGAUCUCGAAGCCAUUCGUGCUCUAGAUCGCCUCCUGAAUGCCUCCUUGAGCAAUCACGUCGCCAACAGGGCGAGUACACAACAGGGACGGUCUCUGAUCCAGACUGCUUGCGCAACAUACAAGGAUGCAAAACUCACCGAAGUUCAGAACUGGAUCUACGAUGGCAAGUUGAUCGGCCAUCAGGCUGUGAUGUAUGGAAUUGUGUGCGCAUUUCUGGGCGUUCCCGAGGACCAGGCAGUCAUGUCAUUCCUGUUCAACUCGCUGCGUACUACGCUAGCCGCGGCAGUGCGGCUUGGAGCUGUAGGCACACUUGAGGGUCAACGGAUGCAGUUCAAGCUGCAGUCGAGGAUACCUGAGAUCAUUGAGAGGCACAAACACAGAACAUCAGACAGCGCUGCCAAUGUCUUUCCCUUGGUCGACGUGAUGCAGAGUUCGCACGACCAGCUGUUUGCUCGCAUGUUCUAUUCCUGAUGGCAAAGUGUCAUUGUGUGUCAACGAGAAUCAAUAAAAGUCACGGAGUAUACUUUA